AUGGAAUUUGCAAAUCCUUUACGAAGAACCCUUAGCAUGAACAUUGGUAUUUUCUCAUUUCAAAAACGGUUUCUGCAUACUUUGCGGAGACCAUUUGUUUUUCCCAAGCCAUUGAAAGGACCCAAGAUUAAGGAUGUGGUUUCAGAAUACGAAAAACGAUACCAAAACAACAUGGAUGUGGAUGGAAAGCGCUUCCAAAUGUUUCAUCGGUCGCAAAAGGAUCGUGUUAGACCUGGAGCUGUCUUGUUAGUGGAAAGCUACUCCAAAUAUCCAAUAAAAGAAAGUAUAAAUCGAUUUGCUGGCUACCUCUUGCGAGUACGCCAUCGUGGACCGAAAAGCUCGUUUUUGUUAAGAAACAAUGUAAUGGGUGUGGGUGUGGAAGUCUUAUUUCCUGUAUAUUCUCCUCAGAUCAAAAGCAUCACUGUACUGAAAGAGAAUGGUAUAGCAAAGCGUCCAAGAAGGGCCUACUUAAGUUACUUACGCCAACCUCGUUUCCGACUAGCACCUGUCGAACCCCUUGUACGUAAAUUCAUGGAAGGAAAGAAGAAGUAA